UCAAAACGCGUGUCUUCUGCAUUUCCCUUGCCGGCAAAAUUCAAUGGAAAUCUGAGUGGCACUUGUGUUAGUGUAGCAGUUGGGGAGCAUUUACUGGAAUAUUUGACUUCGAUGUCAGUGCAAGAUGUCGAAAAGGAGGUUGGAUGUCGAUGGAAGCUCAUCCAACUCGUUAACCACAGCGAAAAGGAUAAAGGAAGAGUUGAGUAAUCCAAGCAAUCUUCGCGGAAAGAUCAAUCCUUUCAAUGGGAAGCUAUUCUCAGACAGAUAUUUUGACAUUCUUAAGAAGAGAAUUGAGCUUCCAGUAUGGGAGUACAGGGAAAAAUUUAUGGAGACUAUGAAAGAAAAACAAGCUUUUGUCCUGGUUGGAGAGACUGGAUCUGGUAAAACAACCCAGAUUCCUCAGUGGUGUCUUGAAACUCGUAUUGACAAACGCAAGUGUGUGGCAUGUACCCAGCCACGGAGGGUUGCUGCCAUGAGUGUUGCUCAGCGUGUUGCUGAUGAAUUGGAUGUCACCAUAGGUCAAGAGGUUGGGUACACCAUUCGAUUUGAAGAUUGCACAAGUCCUCGCACUAUAUUGAAGUACAUGACAGAUGGUAUGUUGUUGCGGGAGGCUAUGACUGAUCCUUUACUAGACCGUUAUGCAGUCAUUCUUCUUGAUGAGGCUCACGAGAGAACUCUUGCUACUGAUAUCCUGAUGGGUCUACUGAAAGAGGUUGUGCGACAAAGACAUGACCUUAAGAUCAUAAUCAUGAGUGCCACCUUAGAUGCUGGGAAAUUUCAGGAAUACUUUGAUGAGUGUCCACUCAUGACAAUCCCUGGACGAACUCAUCCUGUGGAGAUUUUUUACACUCCUGAACCUGAACGAGACUACCUGGAGGCUGCCAUUAGAACAGUGGUACAGAUACACAUGUGUGAGGAAGUAGAGGGGGACAUUUUGUUAUUUCUUACUGGGCAAGAGGAAAUAGAAGAAGCAUGUAAGAGACUGAAGAAAGAAAUUGAUAACUUGGGACCUGAAGUAGGCGAGCUACGCUGUAUCCCACUGUACUCAACUCUUCCCCCACAGCAGCAGCAGCGUAUCUUUGAUGCUGCUCCAGCCAAACGUCCCAAUGGUGCCAUUGGUCGCAAGUGUGUGGUGUCCACCAACAUAGCUGAAACAUCUCUCACCAUUGAUGGUGUGGUGUUUGUAAUAGAUCCUGGAUUUUCCAAGCAGAAGGUGUACAAUCCCCGUAUCCGUGUAGAGUCACUGUUAGUUUCUGCUAUAUCUAAAGCGAGUUCACAGCAGAGAGCUGGCCGUGCAGGUCGUACACGUCCUGGCAAGUGUUUCAGGUUGUACACAGAAAAAGCUUAUCAGACUGAGAUGCAAGACAAUACAUACCCUGAAAUCCUGAGGUCCAACCUUGGUACUGUGGUGCUACAGCUGAAGAAGUUGGGCAUUGACGACUUGGUGCAUUUUGACUUUAUGGAUCCUCCUGCACCAGAAACCCUGAUGAGAGCCCUUGAACUGCUGAACUAUCUUGGUGCCCUUGACGACAAUGGAGACCUCACAUCACUGGGUUCCAUGAUGGCAGAGUUUCCACUUGACCCUCAACUUGCCAAGAUGGUGAUUGCCAGCUGUGACCAUAACUGUUCUAAUGAAAUUCUCUCUAUUACUGCUAUGUUAUCAGUUCCUCAGGUGUUUAUGAGACCAAAUGAAGCUAAAAAGGCAGCUGAUGAGGCUAAGAUGAAGUUUGCUCACAUUGAUGGAGACCAUCUGACCUUGCUGAAUGUUUACCAUGCAUACAAACAGAGUGAGUAUUACAACCUGAUCCUAAUGUUCAGUUUUCUGAUGUUAAUAUUUGUGGCUCAUUUGGAGAGGUCUGGACACUACCUGACUGUCAAAGACAACCAGGUUGUACAACUGCAUCCAUCAACUUGUUUGGAUCACAAGCCAGAGUGGGUGUUGUAUAAUGAGUUUGUAUUGACCACCAAGAACUACAUUCGGACCUGUACAGACAUAAAGGCUGACUGGUUGGUGAAGAUUGCACCCCAGUACUAUGACAUGAGGAACUUCCCGAUGUGUGAAGCCAAGCGAGUAUUGGAGAGGAUUAUAGAGAGGUUACAGAAGAACAGAUAAAACGGCAACAAUGAACCAUGAACCAAAAAGAAAUGUGAAGGAAGAACUUUGCAAAUGCAAUUAUACCACCAUCAGUAACUGGUUGCUUUCUGACAAAAAGUAAAACUGUGGUUUUGUUCCACUUGCUUCCUGAGAU